AUGGACAUCAUAUACUGGAAACUGUAUGUCGAUGAUACUUCUGUGUUACUUACACCAGAAGUUUCUGAAAAAGACAUAUAUAACCGGCUAUCACAAUGCCAUCGAUUUAUACGUGAAUUAGCAUUAAACAAUGGUUAUCUACUCGCCUUCGUUGAAGCAGUGAUUCAAAGGCAACUCCAUUUAGUAUACACACCUCGUGUGAUUAAACCGGCAUUACCUGAAACGGAUACCAUAGUCUUGAGAGUACCGUAUUAUGGGAAACCAAGUCAAAUUUAUACAAAACGUGUUACAGUGGGAGCUGCUAAACUAGAUCCAUCGAAAAAGAUGCGAGUUGACCAGAACUUUUCUGCUAAAGACCAAAUAUUAACUGAAUUAAAAUCGGGUGCCGUUUACGAGACAACUUGUCCUGAAUGCAAUGAUAAAUAUAUAGGAAAACCUGUCGACACUUGA